CUGGAGCCGUCGUUUUCCUCCGUGCCUUCCCGGGCUGAGGGAGGGGCAGGGCGCGCGCGCGCGUUUCAAGGGGGCGAGCGCCCCCCUUUGGCGCGGGCUCGGCUCCGGGAACAGACUUGGGUGGGGGGGGGUUUGUCUCCUGCCGGAGGGGGCGAGGCGUUUUGUCUGCCCGAGAGCCCGCUGAAGUUUGCUCGCCGUAGAGAACUUCGCCGGAGCGCCCAGCCCUGCCCUGCCCCGUGCGCGCCCGGAGUGCAGGCUGGAUCCUAACCAACUGGAUUGACUUGGAAGGGUACAUGAAAAGGUGGAGGGCGCAGAGGAGUCUUCAGGUGAGCCAUAUUGACAUUAGCAGGAAAUCCAUCUUGUGUGUCUCAUACUUCUGAGCAAAGAGGCCAAACAUGUCGGGAGUCAAGAGGACAAUCGAUGAGAUGGAUCCAGACUAUGAGGAGAUCUCAGUUGUACAUACAAAUAAACACCACAAAGCAUCUGAACAAUCAGCUCGAGAUGCUGCAGUACAGAAGAUUGAAGCGAUCGUCAAAGAGCAGUUUUCAGUAGAAAUGAAGAAUAAAGAACAUGAGAUUGAAGUCAUAGAUCAGCGCCUUGUUGAAGCAAGAAGAAUGAUGGAUAAAUUACGUGCUUGCAUUGUUGCAAACUAUUAUGCUUCUGCUGGUCUCCUUAAAGUUGGAGAGGGAAACAAGACCUGUGACCCUAUGGCUUUUAACCAUCCGUCCAUCAAGAAAUUUUUGGAAUCUCCAUCCAGAUCAUCCUCACCAGCUAAUCAGGGGUCAGAAACCCUGUCAGUUAACCAUUCGGAGAGUGAAUCGUCUCAGCACACAGACUACUUAAUGGGAAGGGACAAUGGUAACCCGGAGGCAGAAGAGAGAUUGUCAAAUAAAUUCAACCAGAGACUGAGCAAGAAUUCUGGGCAGAGCACUUCUGGUGUUGCAAAAGAUCGCAAAGUGGGGCUCAGGAUUACUGGUCUCUCCAAUGAGGAACAUUCACGUCUGUUUGUAAAGAAAACCAUCGUGGUUGGCAAUGUCUCCAAAUAUAUUCCUCCUGAUAAGAGAGAAGAGAAUGACCAGUCCACUCACAAAUGGAUGGUGUACGUACGAGGAUCCCGACGGGAGCCCAGCAUCGACCAUUUUGUGAAGAAAGUCUGGUUCUUUCUUCAUCCCAGCUACAAGCCUAAUGAUCUUGUUGAAGUCAGAGAGCCUCCUUUCCACCUGACCAGACGGGGCUGGGGAGAGUUUCCUGUGCGGGUUCAGAUUCACUUUAAGGAUAGCAGGAACAAAAGGAUUGAUAUCAUACACAAUCUGAAGUUGGAUAGAACAUACACCGGUCUGCAGACACUUGGUGCUGAAACGGUUGUGGAUGUUGAGCUGCAUCGGCAUUCGCUUAAAGAAGAAUAUAUCUUCUCUCAGUCAUCAGAUUCUGAUCUUUCUGAUGCCCCUAGUUCAUUGCAUUUGCCAUUAAAUAUGCCAGCACCUGUGAAAGCAUCUUCACCAAAGCAAACACGUGAAUCCAUUACAGAUGCAACUGUUGAAAAAGGGUUCGGCAGUGAAGCUGAAAGACAUACAACCUUUUAUUCCCUGCCAUCAUCUGUAGAACGGACUCCCACUAAGCUCACGACCCAAAAAGUUGCUUUUGGCUCUCAUGGCAACUCAGCUUUUCAGCCUAUUGCAGCCAGCUGCAAAAUUGUGCCCCAAGGCCGAAUACCAAGUCCUGCUGAAUCUCCAGGCAAGUCUUUCCAGCCCAUCACCAUGAGCUGCAAGAUUGUAUCAGGGUCUCCCAUAUCGACCCCAAGUCCUUCACCGUUGCCUCGCACUCCGACUUCCACUCCAGUGCACAUGAAGCAAGGAACUGCUGCCCCUACAGUCAGUAAUCCAUAUGUUAUUGUUGACAAGUCUGCCCAAGCAGCUGGUAUUGGAGCCACAACUACAGGUAGCCCUGCAAGCAAGGUGACCAGUAUUUCCCAAGCCUCUCAUGGAACCGGGUGUCCUGUCUCAAAAAUCCAUGGAAGCAGUUUUGUAACCUCUGCUGUCAAGCAGGAGGACUCGCUCUUUGCAACCAUGCCCCCCUUGUGUCCAAUUGGGAGUCACUCCAAGGUACAAAGCCCUAAAUCUGUGACAGGAGGACCUGGAACAUUUACAAAGGUCAUAAUUAAGCAAGAACCUGGAGAAGUUCCCCAGCAGGCACCAGCACCGGCAACUGGAACAGCCUCUCAAACGCCAGUACAACAAUAUGUCACCGUGAAAGGGGGCCAUGUGAUUUCUUUGUCACCCCAGAAGCAGAUUGUGAGCACAGGAGAGGGUUCCACGUCGUCUAAGAUUGUUAGUGUUCCAGUCGGGUCUGCUUUACCCACAUCCGUCAAGCAAGCCGUGGCUAUUGGUGGUGGACAGAUACUAGUGGCAAAAUCCAGCCCUUCAGUAGCAAAGGUGGUUGGUGGAAAACAGGUUGUAACCCAAGGAGUAGCAAAGGCCAUUGUUAGCAGUGGUGGAGGGACCAUCGUUGCCCAGCCUGUGCAGACGUUGACAAAAGCACAGGUUCCAUCAACAGGAGUUCCAAAGAGUGGACCCCAAGGCUCAGUAAUGGCAACAUUACAGUUACCAGCCACUAACUUGGCCAACUUGGCGAAUCUGCCUCCUGGCACUAAACUGUACCUUACCACAAACAGCAAGAACCCCUCUGGAAAAGGAAAACUGCUGCUCAUACCUCAAGGAGCCAUUCUGCGAGCUACGAAUAAUGCCAAUCAACAGUCGGGCUCUUCAACGAGUGGAGGUGGAGGAACCCAAAGCACAAGCACUGGCUUAUCUCAGCAUCUCACUUACACCUCCUACAUCCUCAAACAAACACCUCAGGGCACGUUUUUAGUUGGGCAGCCAUCUCACCAGAGUUCUGCAAGACAAGCGACAUCAGGAGCAGUGGUCCAAGGCAAUGCAGCUGCUGGAGCAUCGUCUUCACAAGGACACCAGGCUCUUAAAGUAAUAACGGGACCCAAAACAGCUGCCUUAUUUGCACAGGCAGCUUCCAGUGGACAAGCUUCAUUAAUGAAAAUAUCGGACAAUACUCUGAAGUCUUUACCAGCAUCAUCUCAGCUCUCAAAACCUGGCACCACUGUGCUAAGAGUAUCUGGUGGGGUGAUCACUGCAGCAACAACAUCAGCUGUGACUCUUCCAUCCAAUGGAGUUGCUCAGGGAGACAAUGCAGGCUCUAGUUCAUCUCCGGCUGCAGGCCCUGCAGUGAAGGCAUCUGGGCAGCAGCACCCGGUUCCUGCUCACUCUGGACAGGCAGCAUCUGCUGUGCCUAAUAAAACAGGCACAUCUGCAGUUGUAAGCAUUGCUUCCUGGGUGACCGCCCCAGCUCCAGUUUCUGGGAAAACAGCAGUAUCAGGGUUGUUAAAGAUCCACUCCAGUCAAAACAGCCCACAACAAGCAGUUUUGACAGUGCCUAGUCAACUUAAACAGCUUGGAGUGAGUGCAGCUUCUGGAGGAGUCCAGACUAUAUUGAUGCCAGUGAACAAAGUGAUACAGUCGCUUUCUUCCAGCAAGGUGUCUGCUGUUACACAGAUUUCAACUCCAGCAGUUCUUCCAAGCCCUUCUACAGUGACUGUUCCAAAAGUUAAGCUAGAGCCUGAUUCUGCACUACAGAGCUGCAGUUCUCUGACCUCCCAAGAAAGUCAGGUGACAGUAAAAACAGAGGAAAGUUCCGAACUUGGAAACUACGUCAUUGGGACAGAAUAUUUAGACAACCUUCAGCAACUUUUGACAGCAAUUGUGAAGAAAGUUCCAUUAAUUGCUGAGAGAACUGAAGAUGGCAAUUUUUUCUGUGCCAGUUCUGUGGAACAAUAUUAUGGCUGGAAUAUUGGAAAACGGAGAGCUGCGGAGUGGCAGCGAGCACUGACAAUAAAGAAGAUCCUCCAAGAACUCAUAGAAAAAUACCCCAAAUUUCACAGCAUUAGUCCUCUAAAAACCAAGCAGGUUGUCCAUUGGUGUCGUUCUCAUGGUUAUACGCCACCUGACCCAGAAGCAAUUAGGAAUGAAGAUUCUAUUGAAGAUGUACUGACACAAAUAGAUAGUGAGCCAGAAUGCUCAUCCACUUACACCACGGGGGAAGAGCUAUGUCACAAGCUUGAAGAGUUGGAGCGGUUCCUCAAGCAGGAGCCAGACCAUGAUGAGGAAGUCGAUAUCCUCAGCAUUACUGAGCCUCUGAAAAUAAACAUUAAAAAAGAACAGGAGGAGAAACAAGAGGAGGCAAAGUUCUACUUGGCACCACAGCCUACAUCAGAGUUUGUACGCGAGACAGUACGACAGAUAGGAAUUCCCUUGCAGCCUGUAGAGCUGCACAAGAACAUCUACGCAUCAGUCGUGGAAGAUAUGAUUUUAAAGGCUACAGAACAGCUGGCAAGUGACGUACUAAGAGAAGCGUUGGCCAUUGGCUACCAGGCAACUCCUCACAACAGGAUUCCAAGCGAGAUCACAGUGAUGAAUAUUCAUCAAGCUAUCUGUAACAUUCCCUUUUUGGACUUCCUCACAAACAAGCAUAUGGGAAUACUGAAUGAAGAGCAAUGAUCUGAACUGAAUCGCAGCAUGAAUACUACAAUCAAGAUGUUAAUGCUGUUCUACUUCAUGCAGAGACAUAUGUUUAGUGUUAGAGACUGGUGACCUUGAAUGCUAUAAAUUAAUAUUUCAAAUAUGAAAAAAAGAUUGAAAAUGUUUUUUUUAAUUAAUCCUUUUCCAAAAAAGUAUAAUCCCCCCCAAGAUAAAAUCUGUUCCAGAUUCAGCUGCCAUAGGAGGAAGGACUCAGUGAAAUCAGGCAGCUCAGUUUUGAAUUUACUGAACUCUUGUUCAUAAGUCAGUUUGCUGUGAUAGUUAUACAUCAGAUUGUGGCCUAAAUUACUGGGGUCCUGGUUCAGCACAGAGUUGCACAGUGCUUCAUUAAGCAUUAAUUAGUGCUUCAUUAAUCUAGUAGCUACAGAUUCCCAUCGGAGGUUACUUGCCUCUGACGUUCAAAUGAAACACACAGUUAUAGACAAUGGACUGAUUGAGAUGUAAUGUUGAAUCAUAAUAUAGUAUUACAAGAAUGAGCUAAGUCUCAUUGCCUUUAGCCCAGCCUCAUGUGCUCCCCUACUCUCACUCUCUCCCCACCCCAGGAGGUCAGAAACUCAGUUCAUAAAAAUGUAAAAAUUAGGUUGGAUCAAACUAGAAGUCUCUCAGGUCCAUUAGUCACUCCACAGUGGCCCACUGGACACCAGUGGGACAGAAAUGCAACAGCAUACAGUACGUCUGCUCAAGUACCCUAGCAACUGCUACAGAGGGUCAUUUUGUAGUUUCUAAUAUUGGAAGGCAACACCCGCUGUUUUAAUUAACUGCAUGUUGCAUGAAUCCUGAUAAACUGGGGGUAACCAUAACUAGAGUUAGUGGGAGGGGAAGCCAAUUUCAAAUUAUAAUUUAUAAUUUGUAGAUAUGUCUUCUGCCCAUUAACGAUGGUUAAGAUUUGCCAUUGUUGAGAGUCCAGGUGACACACUGAACUGGUUAAGCUGUACUGGAAAAAGAAAUUAGUAUUUUUGCGGCUUCACGAUAUUAUGCAACAGGGAACACAAAAGCUGAAGAGGCAGCUAAGAUUUUUCCCCCAGGCUUUUCUGAAUCUUACCAAUUAUUAACUUAAGAUGAUUCCACAGAAGGGUACCAUUUUUUUAAUUAUUAUUAUGGCUGUAGAUAAUAACACAGGACAGAGUGUUUGGAGACUGUUUGGAGGGCUAAGCACAUGCUUACCCAAGAUGAUGAAUAAUAUGAAAUUGGACUUUAUAAGAAAGUGGUGGCGUUACUCUACAUGCCACUUGCCCAGUUUGUCUCUUACAUUACGAGAAUGAAUGUUCUAUUUCUUAUUUUUUUCUUGUGGCCACCACUGACUUUACUUUGCCAGCAAAAUAAUAAUAAUUACAUGCUGCCAAGUCAAUUCUCAUUUAUGGCUGCCCUUUCCAGUAUUUCCCUUAUUUUGGCUCAGUCUUUUCGAUGUUCAGUUUUGCCUGCUGAUUUUAAUAUCCUUCAUAGUAAAGCACUAUUCCAAAUCCUAAUCUGAAUUCCUUAAAGGAAUUAAUUAACCCACAUUAAAAUAAACAAUUGGAACAUUGUCCUUUUGCUAAGAGAAAGUGUGUCCUUCAAGAUACGCCAGUUUCCACAUGCAUGACUCUUAGUAUUAUUACAGGAUUAGGAAUUCAUAAUAUUUAAAAUGGUAAUGAAUUAAUAAAUAAAUCUGAAAAUAAACAUCAGCCCACUUAACCCAUGUGGUUACUACCCAUACAUGGCUUCUUUAUUGUUCUUAUUCUAUGUUUGCUUUACUCAGAAGUAAGUAACGGAGGGAGCGCUACCCUUCCCUCGCAGUCUGCCUCUAUCCCCAUGUGUAUUACACUCUCUGAGGUUUACUUGUUAGGAAAACAAAGAUAGAAAGAGACCUGCAUAACAUUAUAUAGUAAAUUGACUCCAUUAGCAUUUAACUUGCCUUCCUAACAGCAACUGGUAACAUUUUUAGAGUCUGAGAAAGUUAUUUUUGAACUACACCUCUUAAAAGUCCCAGCCAGCCAGGUUUUGCUAGCUAUGGGAUUCUGAGAGGUAUAUUCCCCAAAAAGUAUCUCUCCCAAGCUUGCAUUUUACUGUUGCACCUUUUCUCAAUUAGGUCCUUUUCUUUUCCAGAAAUCUGAAAUUAACAUAGUAUUUUUGAAAUCAGUAUUAAUCUAUCCUGAUGAAUUAAAGUAGCCAUUUCUCAGUGGAAGAUCCACCCCAUCAAAAUAUAAAAUGCUUCAGGUUUUAUUUUGAUUUGUACAAACCUUUCCUUCGUAUGAAAAUGAACAUGUGAUUCACUGAGAAAUGAAUGUGUGAUUGUCUAGCCAUUACCGUGGAGUGUUUUUUGCAACAUGUCUUGGCAAUUUAAAAAAGGAGCCUGCUUUCACGCAUGCAGGCUGCUUUUGCAGAAUUAAGAGUAACCCUUUUCAGAUGAACUGAAGAAUACAUUUUUCCAAAGAAUCCUUUAUCCUAAACACUCUGCAUCAUUUGUAUUAUAAUGUAUAAAUCGUGUAAUAUACCGUACAUUUACAAUAAAUUUUCUUUGU